GCAGUGGAAAUCUUUGCACCAAGAUACCGUCCGGCCACCGGCAUAUGUACCCCUACUACAAGAGAGCUGUAUGCAACUCUGAGGACUUGCUUGCGACGUUCGAAACCGUCGUUCGUGUGGCGGAUUACAUGGCUGUUGUGGAGAAGAUGUUUGGUUGCAGCCGGGAUGACAUGGUGGACCUUGCUGAAACAUUGAUUGUGGCACUGAAUAAGAUCCUAGAGAAACUGCGCCAUGAGGCCAUUCCUAAAGAGAAAACUUGGCGGGUUGACUUGAGUGACAUGGUCGACUUUUUGGUGGACCCGAACAGCAGGGACCACCUGACUGUGGCUCAGCAGCAAAUCAGAGAUAUGCGCGACACCAUUGCUGUCACCUUGACUUCUGCCAAUCCACCAAGUAUGACUCGGCGGCAGUGAUUUCAAAAACAUCAAGCCUGGUCGAGUCUGCAGAGGCCUUGCAGCUACCAAAGUGCCCCCCUUUUUUUUCUUCAGGGUUUGCAGUGAAACACCUGUUGAAUUCUCCGGCGUAUUUCUUAAAAGGAAUGCAAGUUUUGUACAUUUUUUCUUUUGUGUGCCAAAUAAAACAACAAUCUUGGGGGAA